AUGAGCUCUUGUUUAGAAGAAAAACAUAGUCGAAUCUUCGUUACCGGUCCAAUCAUCGUCGGUGCCGGUCCAUCCGGUUUAUCCGUAGCCGCUUGUUUAUCAAACCGAGGCGUGCCAUCGGUUAUACUCGAGAGAACCGAUUGUUUAGCUUCUUUAUGGCAAAAACGUACCUACGACCGUCUUAAACUCCAUCUCCCUAAACACUUCUGCGAGCUUCCUCUCAUGAAAUUCCCUAAAAACUUCCCAAGAUACCCCUCCAAGCAACAGUUCAUCUCCUACGUUGAGUCUUAUGCUGCCCGGUUUAAUAUCAAACCGGUAUUUAACCAAACCGUUGAGAAAGCCGAGUUCGAUGUCGCCACUGGUCUAUGGACUGUGAAGACGCAAGACGCUGUGUACUCAUCCACGUGGCUCGUAGUGGCAACGGGGGAAAACGCUGAACCGGUGAUACCGGAUAUACCUGGUUUGAAGAAGUUUACUGGACCGGUUGUUCACACUAGUGCGUACAAGUCCGGUUCGGAGUUUGCUAACCGGAAGGUUUUGGUGGUUGGUUGUGGAAAUUCCGGUAUGGAGGUGUGCUUGGAUCUUUGUAGAUACAAUGCUCUGCCUCAUAUGGUCGUUAGAAACUCGGUACAUGUAUUACCAAGAGAUUGUUUUGGUCUAUCGAGUUUUGGAAUAGCAAUGACACUAUUGAAAUGGUUUCCUCUAAAGCUGGUGGACAAUUUGCUCCUACUUCUUGCUAAAUUUUCGUUGGGCAAUACCGACCGGUUAGGCCUCCGUCGACCUAAAACCGGACCUAUUGAGCUUAAAAAUGUAACCGGGAAAACUCCGGUUCUUGAUGUCGGCGCCAUAGCUUUGAUACAGUCCGGUCAAAUUAGAGUGACGCAAGCGGUGAAAGAAAUAACGAGAAAAGGAGCAAAGUUUGUGGACGGGCAAGAAAUGGAGUUCGACUCGAUAAUACUAGCGACCGGGUAUAAGAGUAAUGUGCCCGAUUGGCUCAAGGACAAUAGUUUUUUCACAAAGGAAGGAAUGCCUAAAACGCCGUUUCCAAACGGAUGGAAAGGAGAGAAUGGGCUUUACACGGUGGGUUUCACGAGAAGAGGGCUCUUGGGAACGGCCUUUGACGCCGUCAAGAUCGCGGAGGAUAUAACAGAACAGUGGAUGAAAAUGAAUGGUCCGUUGGGUAGUAGUAAUAUCUGUAGUUCCCCCCAUAUUAUUCACUUUCAGUUCAACAAAUCAUAAUAAAUCUAUUUUAUUUUGUUCUUGUACGCAUUUUCAUAAAAUUAAAUUGCAAUUUUUUUAU